UGAUAGACGGCGCAUACGGAAUACGAUAGCCGUUUCACUCCCCAGUACGAUAUGGCGACACCGCAGAAAUUACAGAAACUGUCAGGACCACACUGUGUCCUCCUGGCUGUCCAAUAUGCGACCGAAUCGAACAUCACCUCGCUGCGAGUACUGACGGCGCUGCGAGAAGCCCAUUUGCCCUUGGAACUGGUCUUGAGCAUCCUACUCACAUACCUGCCCGAGGAAACAGAUCCUGUGAUAUACCGCGUGUACCUGAACGAGCUUGCGAUGGGUUCGCGGAAUCCUGGCGAAGGGCCCACGGCAUCAUUAAACAUAUCGUCAGUUGAGGGACAGUCGGACUCGCGAGCGAAGAAGAAGAGGAAGGCGUUGGAGCUCUUACCACUAAGCCAUCCGUUGUAUGCGACAGAAACUGAGCUGGAUGCGUUCAGCCAUUUCCUCAUCCACCGCGCCCAUCGCAUCGACGCCCAGACCGGCCUGCUGGAUCUCGUACCACAGCUUGUCACGCCCUUCCUGGGUCACUCCGAAUAUCUCCGCACGUGGUUCAUAUCGACCGUCCUACCGCUUCUCCGCCUGAGCUACGAGUACUACCCGCAGACCGCCACGUCAUCUCUCGACGAGUUUGCCCCACUGAAAGGGAGGCGCGCAGUAGAAUACCAGCUCUCGAACCUGCAUCACGAGAGGCGGAAUGGGGGAGAUAAUCAGCAUCUUGGGCGGGAUCUGAGGGGUGUUGUGGCUCCCUGGAUGUGUGGGGCGACUGAGCGCAAGAGACGGAGACUCACAGGCGAGGCGCGGAGAGCGUCGAUAACUGAGCAGCCCCCACAGGAGCCAGAUGACUGGGCAUGCUUGUUCGAUUGGCUAGUGCGUACAUCCAAGCAAGACUUGUCUUUGGUUACCCGUGCGAUCACGGAAUGGGACGGGCCAGAAGAUAUGGACCUUGGUGGCUAUGAGGAGGGCCGAGACUAUAUUGAUGACGACACACAACGACGACUCGAGAUACAGUAUGCGCAAACCGCUCUUGCGUCCCUCUACCUGGUCGAGAAGAACGAUGUGGAGACAGUGAAAACAGCACAUUCCUUACUGAGACGGAUAUUCGACCUACUUAACUACGAUCCUCCGCCAGAGCUCGACAUCGAUGUAGAAGCGUUGCCCUCAUAUGACCUCCAAGACCCAUUACUACAUGAGUCCACGACUGCCGUGCUAACGGAAGAGCGUCUGCUCGAGUUUGAUAAUGUACUUACCACACCUGGGCAAAGUUCCGCUCGUGUUCUGGAACUCGUUCUCUUCUCCGCGUGGGUAUUGUCUAGCCUACAGCAAUCUGAGUCGAUCCGAAAAUUGGCCAAAAUGUCCUUGCGGGAUGACUAUCCUGAACAGUUGUCGCUACUUCAAAAAAUCCUACACAGGCUUGGUGGUGGCUCAAAGAAAGAUAGUGAUCAAUGGAUUAUCAUCAGAUCCAAGUUGCUGUGGCUGUGGAAUUGGGGGACAGAUAGCCACGAACAAGACCGUCAUGCUCAGGGCAUCAUCGGCAUGCUAGAGAGAAAGACAGUCGAAACAGAGAUACUCAAGGCUCUCCUCGAAAGCAGCAACUAUCCUCUCAUAGUGCAAACGUACAUCCAAUCAUCAUCCCAACAAGCUCCGCUUCCUCUAGCCGACGUCGAAAAGGUCAUACUGAAGUCGGUGAUGCAUCACUACGACAACGCAAGUAACGGAAACCGUACCAGAGGAGGCAUGAAACGCGCUGCUGAUAUUGUCACUGCCUUUUCUCCCCACUUCGCAGCGUCGUCGCGCUUCCAGCGAACUCAGGCCUUGCUAUCAGCAACCCACGCCAUGUCCUUUUACUCACUGAUCCUCCAACAUGGCGUGCCAUUCCAGCCGGUCAAUAUCAGAGUCAGUUCCGAUCCUUUAGCGCUGAUACAGAAGCUACUCUCUCAAAAUCUAAGCAGCUACACAAAACUGGACGACUUGAUCACCAUCGGACAGAACCUGGUCAUUUCGAUGCCUGCAACAAUAAUGGACGAAGAUGAUGACGACGAACUUUCACAAUUAGAUACAACAGCAAUAGAAAGCAAGAAAGCCGCUGCCGAGCGUAGAGUCAUUGGCAUGGCCAUCGACGCCGCCCUUGAAGAAGGGGACUUCGAAACCGCCUACUCCUACGUCGUAAAUCGCCUAUCCUUACCUACACCCUCCCUCAAAUCCCCAAAGUCCUUCCACCACGACCCCCUCGAGCAAGACGACAGCGCAGAAGACGUACCCUGGCAAGCCGCCCUGCGCGCCGGCAGCUACACUUCCUCAUCCAACUCCUGGUCUUACACCAGCCACGCGCGCCCGGAUCUUCGUCGCCUGGAACAACGCAUGGACCUGCUCUCACAAGCUCUGCUCCUCGCUCCCCCAUCUCACCUCGAAGAAAUCCUCUCCGUCUGGACGCAAUGCGAGACCGAAAUGACGAACCUCCUCGCCCAGGAGACAGAAGCAGAGACGCGCUUCAACGACGCUGCGGAUCGCAAACUACCCGGUGCAUUCACCAACGACACGAUUACUGUGCAGCCAAGGAGAGAAGUGGGCAGAGGCGCGGCCGAAGAAGCACCUAUGGGCUUGUUUGAUGUUACGCGAGCAGCUACGGCCGCGUUGUCGAAGAGUGUGUUCCCGCUCCGCAGCAAUACGCAGAUGUCUAAGGAGGGCACGGGUGGUUCGAGCCGUGCUAGCAUGGAUUUGAGUGACGCGGGAAGUCAUGAGGACCGCGUGAGGAGGAGGGAUUUGGUGGCUAAUGCUGCGACGGGGGCGCUUGCCAGUGGGCUGGGGUGGAUGCUGGGUGCGAAGCCUGUGAAUGAUUAGAAUCGAUGAGGUGGUUGGGAUGACAUGACACUACAUGAAAAGCAUAUAUAUCCUCAGCCGCAUUAGAACUAUUCCACUAGGUAGCAACACAAGAUCAAAUGUUUGCUU